AGCGGGGUCGUGGGGGGCCGUGCCUAGGGGGCAGGGGCGCCUGUAGGGAUGCGUGUGAUUGGCAAUGAACGUGGGAGUCAGGAGGGAGGUUUUGGGGGUCGGUGGCAGGGCCUCCCGUGGUGAUGGGUGAGGAGGGGAUACUGUGUGAGUGUGAUGGGUGUGAAGGGAUACUGUGGAGCUAAUUAAUUUGGAGACACUUGAUGUCAAGAUAAAUGUCUAUGAAAAUCAGUAAUUUGGGCUUUGGGAGAGGAAACAGCUUGCUGGAAAGGCCCCGCCCCUACGUGACUCCCUUGUUUACCUAUGACAGGAUCACAGGUGUCUUCUUAUGAAGGAAGUAACAUCUCUGUGCAACCCGUGCCUGGGAGGUCCUUGGCUCUCAUCCCAUAUCUGGCUGAUGUAAGUGACCUGGUUCCUGAGCAGUGAAGAAAUUUAAAGUAGAACUACUCCACAGAAGUAGAGGAGAAAGAAUAGUUUCAAUAUUGAAUAAAAGUUAAACCAGAAUGUGAUGCCCACCUCAGGCAGUCGGCCAGAGAGAUUGCAGGAGACAGGAAGAGAUCGCACCCUUUUCCGUACCAGGCACAUGCAAGCCAUUAUACACACGUUCUCAAGGUAAGUGUUAAUUUAGGGGGAGGGUAGAGUUCAGUGGUAGGGCACCUGCUUAGUAUGCACAAGGUCCUGGGUUCAAUUCCCAGUGCCUCCGUUAAAAAUAAAUAAAUAAUAAACCUAAUUACCUCUCCCCGAAAAGGAAAAAAAAAAAAAAAAAGAAGAUAGGUGAUAAUUUGUCACACAUAGUUCAUCCUAAACUUACCUGGUAGUUGGGGUGGCUGUCUGUGUUAGGUAGUUGCCUUUAUCCAAAGGAAAAGUAUACUUCUCAUGUCUUUAUGACGGGAGGUGAUUUUACAACUUGGAGCCAGGUGCCAGGGUCAGGCCGAUUAGGCUCCUGUCCUCCCAGAGACUGGGAGACACGGAGGUGUCUUCCUGGAUGAUUUCAGUGAGACAGCUCCCAGGUCCUUAAGAAAGACAUUCUUGAGUUGUUAAACUGGAUGAGAUUUAAGAUUUACAUCCAUCUCAAAGGGGCCGGGAAAGAAUUUGUAAUUACGGGUUUUCUGCAGUAAGUGGUCUUUGAGUCAGGGCCUGGAGAGUCUUUUUCUCCUUAAUUUGUAUUUGUCCUACAGGCCUCAGAGCUUUUAUCCCCCUAGAGGUGUUACCUACUCUGCUACUCUGGUAAUUUCCAUUCGGGAAGGGCUGAGGCCAGGCCUUAGAAGCAAAGAGGAGAGGGAAGGGGCCCCAGGGCCAACAGUGUGGACCUUACAGAACGACUGGCUGGCCCCAGAUCCCACCACCUCUCUGAGCAGCUGCUCCGGUCAGGGAUCAGUGACCCUUGGAAAGAAGUAGAUUGUGGAGCCAUUUCCUGUGGUCCAGAGGGACGUGAGUGCCCACAGGCAGCCGGGAGCCCUUCCCUUUUCCCCGAUUCCUAAACUCAGCAGGGAUUUCGAUCUGCUUUCUGUCACCCCUUGGAAACCUGUGGCCUGGGCUGUUCAGCUGAUUUCUGAUGGGAAGGGAGGCAGUAUUUGCCCCAAUGUGAGCCGAGAAAGAAAGAACAUCAAAGAUUUCCUUAGGUCCCUCUUCUCACUGCUCAGGGCAGUAACCCGGCGUAAACUCACACAUGAGCAGCAGCUUCGCUUCGACCUCCAUCUCCCCCUGCGGUCUGUCCUCUUGUUUUGUCAUUUCUUUUAGUUCCUCUGAUCUGUGCUUUCCUUCUGCUCCAGGGCUGAUUCUGAAGUAGAGGGCCAGCACCCCAGGCUGCUUCACCCUCUUGAUAUAAAAGCCGUUUACUGUUCACUGUCCUGUCUGGAAGUGAGUUGCGUUUUACUCUGUAGCAUGUGCAUUUCAUGUGAGUGCCCUGGGAAAUGGUGCCACAGAAUGAAGGAGCCAAAACUGUAUCUCCAGACUUUGUUGACGUCUCUGCAGAGCGAUUAGAGGCAGUGGGGCUGCCCCAGGGUCUUUGGUUGAACCACUAAGGCAGGUGGCUCCCAUCUGGCAUUCCCAGGUGGGAGCCAGGGCUGCAGAGCUCAGCUUGUGGUACCGGUCUGGCCUGGCCGCUGUCCGGGUCAGCUGACACGUGCCAGUAGUUCAUAUUCCAUCCUGUGUCUUAACCACUAGCAAACAACCCACCUGAGUUCCCAUAAGAGAGAACCAAGCUUGCGGUCCCCAAAUCAAUUUCAUCAUCUAAAAUGAAGUUCCCACUGCACCUUCAGGCCAUGGCUUUCAGGAACAAGAUGACUCACAUGAGAUAAGAAAGAAGAGGCCUCGGGACUUGGGGUGCACUCUCAGAGCUAAGGCCUUUGACCAGAGGCCUUUGUCCAGAGCACUGGGACAGAGAGAAGUCACAGAGCUUAUUUCUCAAGAACAGCGGAAGAUGAUGAAGUCACAGAUAUCGUUUGAGGAUGUGGCAGUGGAUUUCACGUUGGAGGAGUGGCAGCUACUUAAUCCGACUCAAAAGAACUUGUACAGAGAGGUGACGCUGGAAAACUACAGCAAUCUAAUGUUCCUGGGUUAUCAGAUUUUCAAACCUGAUGCGAUUUUCAGGCUGGAGCGAGAAAAGCCAUGGGUAGCAGAUGAAGAAACCCUAAGUCAGGGCUUUUCAGAAGAAGUCGGACUAGAUAAUACCUUCACAAUGUGGCACCAAGAUACUCAGGACAAGCUGAAAAGUAUGGAGAGAGGCCACAGAUAUGACGUUCUGGGGAAAAUGUUUCAUUCAAGCAUUAACUUUGUUCAUUUAGGAAUGAGAUCCCAUAAAUGUGGCAUGGGUGAAAAAAGUUUGAAACAUCCUUUUGAUUUUCUUAUUCCAAAAAAUAACUGUGGAAGAAAGAAACUUGAUGAGCUUCAUAAGAGAUUAUUAUUCUGUAUCAAAGCUGACAGAACCUAUGGUGGUAUAAAAUACUCUGAUUACAGUAAGUGUGGACGAGUCAGCAUCAGAGAGCCAGGGCUCCGUGCAGACCGUGCGCCACGCGCAGGGGUCUAUUCAUGCCUGGCGUGUGGCCGGAUUUUCAGCAGGAAGUCACAGCUUGUUGCCCAUCAGAGGACUCACACGGGAGAGAAGCCCUAUGGCUGCGGUGACUGCGGGAAGGCCUUCUCCCAGAAGUCACUACUCACCAUUCAUGAGAGGACUCAUUCAGGGGAAAAGCCAUAUGGCUGUGGGGAAUGUCCAAAAGCUUUCAGUAGGAAGUCGCUGCUCAUUUUACAUCAGAGGACCCACACAGGAGAGAAGCCCUACGGAUGUGGUGACUGUGGGAAAGCCUUCAGCAGGAAGUCACAGCUCAAAAGGCAUCAGAGGACCCACACAAUAGAGAAGCCCUUUGGCUGCAGCGACUGUGGGAAAGCCUUCUCCCAGAAGUUGAAGCUCAUUACACAUCAGAGAACGCACACGGGAGAGAAACCCUAUAAAUGCAGUGACUGUGGAAAAGCCUUCUUUUGGAAGUCACAGCUCAUUACUCAUCAGAGAAUUCACACGGGGAAGAAACCGUAUGCAUGUAGCGAGUGUAAGAAAGCCUUCAGCAGGAACUCACUCCUCAUUAGGCAUCAGAGGAUUCACACAGGAGAGAAGCCCUACGAGUGCAGCGAAUGUGGGGAAGCCUUCAUCAGGAAACCACAGCUCAUCAAACACCAGGUAACUCAUACAGGAGAGAAGAACUAUCAGUGUGGCAGUUGUGAAGAGGCCUUCUUUAAGAAGUCAGAACUGAUGAGACAUCAAAAAAUCCAUUUAGGAGAAAAACCCUAUGGAUGUGUUGAAUGUGGAAAAACCUUCUUUGGGAAGUCACAGCUCCUGACACAUCAGAGAACUCACACUGGAGAGAAACCUUAUGAAUGCAGCGCGUGUGGGAAAGCCUUCACCCAGAAGUCCAGCCUGAUAUCACAUCAGAGGACACACACCGGUGAGAAACCUUACGAGUGCAGGGAAUGUGGGAAAACCUUCAGUGAGAAGUCAAGUCUCAUUCAUCACCAGAGAACCCACACGGGAGAGAAACCCUUCGAGUGCAGUGAAUGUCGGAAGGCUUUUGCGUGGAAGCCGCAGCUUCUUAGGCACCAGAGAAUUCAUACAGGGGAGAAACCCUACGAAUGCGGUGAGUGCGGGAAAGCCUUUGUUCAGAAAGUACAGCUCGUUAAGCAUCAGAGAAAUCACACGGGAGAGAAAAGCUAUGGAUGCAGUGACUGUGCGAAGGCCUUCUUUGAGAAGGCACAGCUUGUAAUACAUCAGAGGGUUCACACGGGAGAGAGACCCUACGAGUGCAGUGAAUGUGGGAAGUCUUUCACUAGGAAGUCGCACCUCAUGAGGCAUCAGAGAAUCCACACAGGAGACAAGUACUAUGGAUGCGGUGAAUGUGGGACCACCUUCCACAGGAAGGCACAGCUCAUGAUGCACCAGAGGAAUCAUGUGAUCUAGAAACAGUGUGAGAGCAGAGGACGCAGAGUCGGCCGUCGGAGGUCAGGCGGUGUCACCUCCGAGGCCGCGAGCCGGAGAGGAGCCCUGUCAAUGCAGAAUUCAGAAAAAGAACUUUUUUUCUUUCAAGUGAACAACAUAGGAAAGGCUUCUCCCAGAAAACACAGCUUGUUAUGUAUCGUGAUGGUCCCUCGGUGUGGAAGUCUGGUCGGUGUUGUGAUAGUACAGACCUUUCCGUCAAAAGUGACAGCGAUUAAAUAUUUAGGAAACUGAGACAGGAGGAGAAUGCUGCUGUCCUAACAAGCAAGUGAAGGAUUUCAUCAGGAAAGGGUAACGAGAGAGCACACACGAGGGAAACAGUAUUCCGUGUUAGAGCUCUCGUGCAGAGGAGGGGUCCUAAUAGUUGGGAGAACUUGGUAAGUGUUAUCCCAUUGAAAUAAUCCUAUAAAGAAGUGUUCAUUGUAUAUAAAUUAUUGUAAGAAAGUAGUCAUUUUUAAGUGGUAGCUGUGUGUUAAGCGUGAAGACUUCUGCUUCCUGCCGUGGUGGUGUACCAAGGGACAGGUAGACUCUCCCGCCUUAAACAUCCAGAAACUGUACCAUAUAUGAAGUGGCGGUUUUUAGCUGUGUGACAGGCACAGGCCCAUGACCCCUGGCAGCAGUGGACCAAGUAGGGAGAGCCCUACGGCCGCCCAGCCUGCUCCAUUGUGGAAGCAGCCAGUGGCAGGGCAGGGAAGGGCAGGGCAGGGCAGGGCAGAAACCUGUCCUGCUGAACCGAAGAGAGAGGGGCGAGUGGCCCUCAUUGGAGGAGCCACAGUAGCUGGAAUUUGCAGGGGAAAAUACUGGGUAGGAGGGAGCUUCCCUGGCGGGAGCGCUGGGGGCUACAGAAGUCUCCAGGGGGCACCUUACCCUGAACCUUUGGCUUUGGUGUUGACUUGCAUGUGUGUGUGAAAGGAAACAGCCAGGAGGAGCAGUCAGCUGAGUGAGUCCUUGAGCUCAGUGCAGGGCUGGGGACACUUCCUGUGCCCACCAGGCUGGUGGAGACAACUUCUAACAUGUGGGCACCAGGGAGGGUUCCCAGAAGAGUACCGUCUUGGUAGUGAAAGUCAUUAACCCUAGAUUGAAAGCCAACCUGGGCCCAUAGGGUCUUGCCUCCAGAAACUUACCUGGCAUUCCAAGAAGCAGGAACAAAUGACUCAUAACCAGGAGGAAAACCAGUCAAUAGAUAGAAAGACUGAAGUGGUUGGAAUUAGUAGACUAGGAUGUUCAAUUAGCUACUGUAAAUAUAAAGUAGAGGGAAGCAUGAAUUUGAUGAAACUAGAAGUGGAAGAUAUGUUUUUUAAGCCCUAAUGGAACUUCUCAGGACGAAAACAACAUCUGAAAAUUAAAAAAAAAAAAUAUGGAUGGAAUUUAGAAAAGAUUAGACAUAGAAAAGGGGGGGGGGAUCAAUGAAUUUGCAGAAUAAGAAUAAAAACUAUCCAAGUGGUACACACAGAAAAAGAUUGGGAAGGAGGGGAGAGAACGGAAGUCAUUACAGUGGUGUAAUCCUCACGGAGUGGGGAUGUAUGUCACAGAAGGGGAGGAGGGAGACACAGAAAAAAGGACGUGAACAAAUAAUGACUGAAAAAUACCCAAUACCAUGAAAAGUGUAGCUCGACAUAGUCAGGAAGCUCAGAGAACCCAACACAGUAGAAACAUAAAGAAAAUCAAGCCAACGGACAUGGUAGUCAAACUGAUGAAACCCAGUGUUCAAACAACUGGAAGAUGCCUGGAGAAGAAAAGACACAAGAAUGACAACUGAUGUCUGGUCGGAAACUGUAAAUUAGAAGAUGGCGGAGUGACAUCAUUAACUUACGGAAGGGAACCUGGAACCUGGAGUUCAGUUGCCUGUCAAAACUGUCUUUCAAAAGAGAGGACCAAAAAGACUUCUUCAGAAAAAGCAAAAUCAAGAGAGAGCUCCUCAUCUGUAGACCUGCCUUCAGGACACACUGAAGGGAGUUUGGGGGCAGUAGGAAGAGUCUGCUGAGUGGAAAUGGUGACUCUGUGGGUGACUAUGACAUUUUUUUUUCUCAUUUGAAAAUCUUUUAAACAGGUAAUGGACCGCUUAAAGCCAAAGGAAUGACAACACAUCAGGGGUUAUGGUCUAUUUAGAAGUAAAGUGUACGGGAACAGUAGCGCUUAAGUACGACUCUAAAAAUAGUUGCAUAGACUGCGUCAUCUGAGUCAGAAGCCUGUUUCCCUGGGGCUCAGGAUGACCUGUAUCUGUAGCAGCAGAUACAGGAUGGGAAUUGUCUGCACUGUGGUUCCGUAUGUGUGCCAAGCAUUCUCCACGAAUCCACGUCUCCUUUCUCUGCUCUGCACCCAGAGGCUGUCCUCUCCAGACUGCUUCCUUGGGUUUCUGCUUAGGUUUGAAUGUGGGAGGUGCUGGUAAGCCAUGAGCACACGGGAGAGAGUGGGGAGAGAGAGAGGUCGGAGUGCGGGUCCCUCCUCCCUCUACCACGUUUCUGACAGUGCCUGUGUCCUGAGCAGCUGGGCUGCAGCUCCCGUCUGACCACAUUCCCUCUCCCUGCCCAUCAGACUGAAAGGUGGUGACUGCUUCAGGGGCUUCACCAUCCCUGGUUAGUUUUCUUAAUUCUGAACACAACUCUGCAAGGAGUCCCUUUACUAAAUGUUCUUGAGCGAAUAAUUUGAGCGUACCGUUUGUUUUCUGUAACAUGUUGAAUGAUGAAUGUUUAACAAAAUUCUGAGUAUCGGUUCCUGGUGCAUGGGGCUCCUGGAGCAUAGUCUGACAUCAGUCAAGAUUUCCCACACUGGAUAUAUUUUCUCUUUGUGUGUUUUGUUUUGCUGCAAAUGUAAAUGGCUCUGGAGGCUGUUACCGCCUGCCACAUGUGCAAGUGUUCUGGCAGUUGUUCUUCAGAAGUAGAGACCAGAACAUUUAUGAAGUCUUAUGCUACCUCUGGGUUAGGCAAACACCCCACAAGAAAGCAUUGUUAUUUAUGUUAAAUGUGUAAGGACGGGAAAAAGAAAAGCAGUUACUGAGUGAAGAAAGGGCUGAUGUACUGUACUUUCCUGUACUCUCAUUUUAAAGCUUUGUGCUGUGCAAUUAAAUAUUCUCGUUCCAGA